ACCCACCUUUCUUCCACUCCCUUCUAGUGAUAACGCAGUCACUUCCUUGCAGGCCAGACUGCACAGCACUAUUCGUGUCGACUGCCCAGAGUCCACGAAUGCUGCCCUGCAUUUUCCACCGCCACUAAAUCCACCUGACCACACGUUCACAGCAAAGCAGCACAUCUGCAGACCAGCCCUGACAUCAGCCGCAUUCCUGCUUCUGCUCAGACAUGUCUCUGUACAGCUUUGGCCUGGAGCCGCUCUCGUGCCAUGCCUGGAACAAAGACAGAAGCCAGAUUGCCGUGAGUCCUAACAACAAUGUGGCCAUCAUCUAUGAGAAGAAAGGCAAAGAAUGGGUCAAGAUCCACGAGCUGACUGAGCACAGUGGACGAAUCACAGGCAUCGACUGGGCCCCGGAGUCCAACCGCAUUGUGACGUGCGCCUCCGACCGCAAUGCCUACGUGUGGACCCUGAAGGACGGAGCAUGGAAGCCGACGCUGGUCCUGGUGCGAAUCAACCGUGCGGCCACGUGCGUGAAGUGGUCCCCGCUGGAGAACAAGUUCGCCCUGGGCAGCGGCGCCAGGCUCAUCUCCGUCUGCUACUUCGAGAAGGAGAACGACUGGUGGCUGAGUAAGCACAUCAAGAAGCCCAUGCGUUCCACUGUCCUGAGUCUCACCUGGCAUCCCAACAACAUCCUACUGGCUGCUGGGUCUGCAGACCUUCACUGCAGGAUAUUCUCGGCCUACAUAAAGGACAUCGAGGAGAAGCCUGGACCAACCGCCUGGGGCGCUAAGAUGCCUUUCGGGGAGGUGCUGCUGGAGCAUAAGGACUGCGGUGGGUGGGUGCACAGCGUCUCCUUUUCCCCCAGCGGAGACCAGCUGGCCUGGGUGGCCCACAACAGCAGCAUCUCUGUGGCCGAUGCCACUCAGGGGAAGGAGGUCACCCAGCUGACCACUGACCGUCUGCCUCUGCUGAGCGUCCUCUAUGUCAACCCCACUGAGAUUGUUGCUGCGGGCCAUGACUGCUGCCCCUACCAGUACACAUAUAAAGGCCCGGGAUCUCUGGAGUUCGUGAAGAAACUGGACAUCCCCAAGCAGACCUCAAAGGGCAGCAUGUCGGCCAUGCAACACUUCCGCAACCUGGACAAGAAGGCCACUGACGAGGACACCAGCGACCUGAACACCCUCCACCAGAACAGCAUCACGCAGCUGUGCGUGGUAUCAGGCUCGAAAGACAAAGUGGAGAAGUACAGCAGCGUGGGACUGGACGGAGCCAUGGUGAUCUGGGAUUUCAAGCACUGAGACCAGACGAGCCGUCAGCCCUUGAGGAUUCAGAGGAUCAAGUCUCGUCGAGUCACUUGUGUCUUUGUGCGACUUGAAAAAUACUAUAAGCACACGCACACACAAAAAAAAAAAAUUAAAAUAAAAUAUAAACAGGUCAGUCGUAAA